AUGUCGACAACCACCAACGAGAAGCCAACAGUCCUUAUUGUGGGAGCAGGACUGGGAGGUCUGUUGCUCGGUGCACUCCUCGAAAAAUCCGGAGUGCCUUACAACAUCUUUGAGCGUGCCGCUGCUGUCAAGCCCCUGGGUUCUGCCAUGUCCGUCGGUCCUACCCUGCUCCCCAUCUUCCAGCAGUUAGGGAUCUACGACGACAUCAUCUCCAUUGGAAAGUACAUAACCCAUACUGAGAUCUUCAAGGAAUCUUUGGAACCUUACAGACCCACCGACCAUCGACCCGUGGAGGAGUUCACUGGAUACGGUCAAUAUAUCGUCGCUCGUCCCAAAUUCUACGACAUCAUACUCAGGCAGGUGCCUCCCGAGAAGAUCCAUUUCGGCAAACGUGUUCUGAACAUCUCCGAGGACGAAAACAAGGCCACGAUUCACCUCUCCAACAAUGAAAUGUAUGAGGGUGAUAUCGUCGUCGGAGCUGACGGAGCUUACAGCGCCGUUCGUCAGAGGAUGUAUGAGCAGCUGAAGGCAAAGGGAAGACUGCCCAAGGAAGAUCAAGAAGACCUCCCCUUCAGCUGUACUUGUUUGGUGGGUCAGACCGAGGUCUUGGAUCCCGAAGAGUUCCCGUGUAUCAAGGAUCCAAUCUGCCAGUUCCGUGUCAUCCUUGGCGAGGACAGGCCCUUCACUGAGGCAAUGGAGCAGCGUUUCCGCAACAGCGAAAACUCGGGCGAGUGGGGAGCAGCUCCAGCCCAGACCAUGUGCGACGAGACCAGGAACUAUAGUGUGCAAUUAGGCGACGGAAAGAAACGCACCCUUGGUGACCUGUACGACUUGACCCCCAAGGAAUUGAUCUCCAAGGUCAUGCUGGAGGAGAAGGUUUUCAAAACUUGGCAUUACGGCCGCACCGUCUUGAUGGGCGAUGCUUGCCACAAGUUGAACCCCUCUGGAGGUCAUGGUGCUGUCACAGCGAUGCACGAUGCAAUCGCCCUCGCCAACCUUAUCUACGCCGUCCCCACCACAAACUCUGCGGACCUCAUUAAGAUCUUUGAGGAGUACCAAAAGGAGCGACUGCCAGCAGUGAACGAAUCCUUCAAUAACAGUCAGCUCAUGAGCAAAAUCAUGGAUCGCGGGAUCGAGGGCGCUAUCAUCCUUUGGCUCUACACUAAUAUUCCCUUCUGGCUCUGGAGAUUGAUGUUGGCCAAGACAGUUCGGUACAGACCGCAGGUUGGGUUCCUGCCAAAUAUUCCCCUGAAGGGCUCCGUUACUCCUUUCAAGUCGCCCAGUGAAUUCAAGGCAAGAGCUCUCUUUGAGCAAAACCUGAAGUCUGUGACUUCUGUCUAA